AUGGAAGUCCAACUCUUGAUGGUCUCAGUAGGCCCGUACAGAGCCUGAAUGAACGCGAGGUAACACGGAAUUUUGAGUUACAAUGGUAUCCCCGUUUUGAUGAUCUACAUGACCCACUGAAGAAAUCUUGCACGAAUGUCUUUUGGGUAAUAGAUCAAAGUUGUUCAGUUUAUGAUCAAAUGGAUAGAGUAAAACAAUUACUUCUCAACGUCACAGAAAAAGUUAUAAUUGGUCGUGACUCCGUUCUAAUGACGCUGGUAAAAUAUGAUAGAAACCCAUAUUUCGAAUUUUAUGCAAGAGACACAACAAAUAAUGAAGUGACGAAAAAACUAAUAAGUAAUACACAGAUUGGUCAAAAUGAAACUUGCGAAACUAGGACAGGCAGAGCCCUCUUUGAUGUGAGAAAACGAUUUUUCGAAAGUCGCCUUUCGCGUCUUGAGUAUGGUAUACGAAAACUACCAGAGUCAACAGAUGUAGUGAUUAUUUUCACAGACGGCAGGACUUUCCCAUAU